GACUCCACCUUUAUCCCAUCUCCCUCCCUUUCUCGUUGACUCGCUGUUUCCCUACUGGCUUACCGGCGUUGACUAUUUUAUUCUCCAUCUUUCUCAGUUGUCGCCCGUCGUUCGUCCUCUAUCUUCGCCGGUUCAGGUCUGAUUGUCGUUCUGUAGGUCGGUAACUAUGAAAGCGCAAUCGUACAAGUGGAAACGUUUGAAGGUGCAUAUGCAUGUAUUUUAUUUUAAUCACAUAAAAGCUUUAUUUUGAAGAAUUCGAAGAGGCGUUAUGUAUGAGAUCCUGAUGACAUUGAAGCACAAGUGAAGGAAACCAGUGAAACCAACUUUUAUAACCCACAACGUGUGGAAGAAUUUCAAAGUUUACUGAGACACAGGAAAUUUUGAGAAGGGUGAAGGGUCAUCAAUCCAUAACUCAUAAUGCUUAUUCUCUCCGAACUAGGAUCAUCUUCUUCAUCAACUGAUGUUCACCGAUAUGACGUUUUUUUAAGUUUUAGAGGUGUUGACACUCGACAUAGUUUCACUGAUCACCUUCAUAAGGCCCUCAUGGCUUCCAAUAUCACUACAUUCUUGGAUGAGGAAGAGAUCGAAACAGGGGAAGAUCUGAAACCGGAAUUGGAGAGUGCAAUUAAGGCAUCUCGGGCUUCUAUUAUCGUGUUGUCCAAGAAUUACGCUUCUUCAACAUGGUGCCUCGAUGAAUUGGUGUUGAUCCUUGAGCAAUGUAUAACAUCCAACCAAAUUGUCAUCCCCAUCUUUUAUCAUGUGGAGCCCACGCAUGUUAGGAAGCAACAAAGUAGCUUUGGGGAUGCAAUGGCUAAGCAUAACCAGACAAUGGAGGCAGAGACAAAUGCAAAUAAAAGAAGUCAAUGGGCUCAAAAGAUGGACCAAUGGAAUAAAGCGCUUACACAAGUUGCUGAUUUAAAAGGGAAUGAUGUAAAUGGCAGGCUAGAAACAGAGCUUAUCGAAGAAAUUGUGGGGGACAUCUACCGUAGAUUACAUGUACCCUUAAGGAGUGGGCAACCGCUGCUUAUUGGGAUGGACUAUCAUAUUAACUUUGUUACUUCAUGGUUGAAAGAUAUAUCCUCACAUACGGUAGACAUACUCACUAUUUUGGGUAUGGGUGGGAUCGGAAAGACAUCUUUAGCCAAAUAUGUAUAUGAUUUACAUUGUCAUGAAUUCCACACAAGCAGCUAUAUUGAGGAUAUCAGUAGGAGAUGUGAUGGAAAGUUUAAUGGGCUGCUUGAUUUACAAAAACAACUCUGCGGUGAUAUUUCAAAAGCAAGUUCAAUUCAAGUUCACGAUAUUUCAAAAUACACCUCAAGGAUAGAGAAUAUAGUAGCCCGUAAAAGGGUUUUUCUAGUUCUUGAUGAUAUCAAUUGUCUUAAUCAGUUGGAUGCAUUACUUGGAAGCAAAUGUUUUCACCCUGGAAGCAAAAUCAUUAUAACAACAAAGGACACAUGGUUGACAGAAAGUUGUGCACUUUUCAAAACAAACAUUAAACCCAAGCAUGCAAAGCACUUGCUUCAAGGAUUAGAUGAAAUUGCAUCCCAACAACUUUUAUGUUUUCAUGCAUUCAGGUGCAACCAUCCCAAAGCGGGUUAUGAAGAGGUGUCAGGUAAGCUUGUGAAGUAUUGUCAAGGGCAUCCAUUGGCUCUUGAAGUUUUGGGUAAGUCUCUACAUAAUCGAGAUGUGGCUUACUGGGAAGGGUGCAUGGAAGGGCUACAGAGAGAAAUUGGCUCCCGUAUAAAUAAUGUCCUCAAAAUGAGCUUUGACUCUUUGCCAUCCAAAAAUGAUAAGGACUUGUUUAAGCACAUUUCUUGUUUUUUUGUUGGAAUAGAUAAAGAUGUUGCUGAAACAAUAUUAGAGACAUGUAAUAUCAACACAAAAUCAGGGAUCACAAAUCUCAUUGAAAGAUGCCUUAUUAGUAUAGGAUGGAAUAAUGAAUUGAAAAUGCAUAGGUUGGUUCAAGAGAUGGGAAGAUUUGAAGUACGUCAAGAAUCACUUGACAAGCCAUGGAAAAGAAGUCGGAUAUGGUGUCAUGAUGAGUCAUUCAGAGUGUUGAAACAGAAAAAGGGUAAGGGAAAUCUUGUAGGCCUUGCGCUUGACAUGCGGAUGCUUGAGAAGAAGAAAUUGUGGGCAUCAUCUGAGCUGAACACAGAUGCAUUGAGUAACAUGGAUAAUCUGAUGCUACUAAAACUCAAUUAUGUGCAAAUGAAUGGGUCUUAUGAGAACUUUCCGAGGGAAUUAAGAUGCUUGUGUAUGCAGGGAUUCCAUUUAAAGUCUAUACCUUCAGACUUACCUUUGGGGAGUCUUGUUGCUCUUGAUUUGUCAUAUAGCAAUAUAGAGUCAUUUGUCAUUUGUUAUAGUAAUCCACAACUUGAGGAGAUGAAAAAGUUCGACGAAUCGUCUGUAAAUGGAAAAAGGUUUCUUGGAUCACUGAAGAUUCUUAAUUUAAGUUGUUGUAAAAAACUUUGUAGUCUUGGUGAAUUCUACAAAUUCCCUGCACUUGAGAGGUUAAUACUUAGAAAAUGCAUUGGUUUGGUUGAGAUUUGUGAAUCAAUUGAGCAAUGUGUUGAACUUGUCUUCAUCGAUUUGAGCUACUGCCACAAGCUUGAAAAAUAUCCAAGAAAUAUAGGCAUGCUAAAGAAGGUUAAAACAGUGUUGCUAGAUGGUUGUAAUCUCAGUGAAUCUCAAAUCAAGAUUAAGGAUAUGGAUUCACUGGAAAUGUGCAAGGUUAACAACAUUGGCAUAAACACAAGAACCACUUCAUCCUCCUUUGUGGGUAUCAUACCAAAUGAUUUGAAGUCGUUUGCGGUUUCUUUACCGAGCUCUUUAGUAAGGUUGUCACUUGCAAAUAAUAAUUUGACCACUGAAUCAUUUUCCAUGGACUUCAGAUGCCUUUCCAUGUUAAAGGAAUUAUAUUUAGAUAAUAAUCCUAUCGAUUCCAUGCCCAGUUGUGUGAGAACGCUUCCUAGGCUUGAAAUACUUGGUAUGAGGAACUGUGAUAAAUUGAAAUCAGUCGAGUACCCUCCACAUACACUAAGAUCGUUGUUGCUUUGUUCUCUUCGUAAUGACUCUUAUGUAGAAAAAGUUGUAUUUGAUCCAGAAAUGUCCCCACUCAGGUUAAAAUUAGAUUGGAUAUAUUUAGAACAUUCAUCGUAUGAAAUUGAAGGCAUGGUGAAAAUCCAACCAAUGGUGGGUGUUGAGGAAAAGGUAUUACGUGGCUUGGGUUGGACUAAUUUACCCUUCCUUAACAAAAGGAGCGUGGGAAAUAAUUCUACAGAAUCUGAAAUUCAGAUGUAUUAUGAAUUUGGAAUAUUUAGCACAAUUUAUGUAGGUGAAGAUAUGCCGGAUUGGAUUAGUUGUAGAAGCAAGGGGCCAUCAAUAUCAUUUAUCAUCCCAUCAUCAUCAUCUCCGAACAAUCUUACUGGACUCAAUUUCUGCUCUGUGCACACGUUGCGAUUUGCUGAUGAUUUGUUUCCUUUUUCUCAAUUUCUGGAUGAGAGGUUUCUACAUCCAGAUGAUCAGUUCCCUUGUUUGCCAAUAAUCACAAUUAGUAAUGUAACAAAGAACCGUAUAUGGAUAUACCAACGUCACUGGGACAGAGUUAUUGUAGGUGGAAAGUGCUGGGUGUUUUUAAGUCAUUGGAUGUUUGGGAUGAAUGAGAUGGAGGUUGGUGACCAAGUUACUAUUACUGUUACAGAGCCAUAUUAUGAACUUUCAAAGGAGUGUGGGGUGAGUCUUGUGUAUGAUGAUGGAGAGAAGAUGGAUGAAGAAGAAGAAGAUGCGUUGGGUUAUUACAAGUCAUGGAAUCACAUCAUUGGUGGUGAUCUCUCUCCUUUUCAAACAACAACUGGAGAAUACAUCUUAGACAACUUGAGAUUUUUUGUGUCUGACAUUGAAUUGUCUCCGUAUCAUCGUAAACUUGUUGGAGAUGGCGCCCACUAUCAAGAACAAAAGGAUGUGUGGUUCAGAGCUUUAUCCCGAAGGAACCCUGUCAUGAUUGGUCACACACACUCCUGAGCAAAUACAUGCUCGGGGUGAAAAGGAAGCAAAUAAGGAGCUGGAAGCAGGAAAAAGUGGGCUGAGACAAAUGAAGUCAAAGUAUAGAAAUCUGAAGCCAACGUCAUGGGGAAUUCUAUUUGGUGAGUAGAAGAUUCGCGAUCUGAGAAGAUGACUUGGAGAAUACGCGUGGAAAAAGAUCACCAUGCCGUGGAGCCUAUUUUCUACGGCGUAGGAGGCGGAAUUAAGUAAAGUAUAAAUAUCGACCAUUAGGUUGAAUAGAGGGACUUUUGGCCGAUUUUCUAGAGAAGUAUAGCGACAAAAACCCUCUGGAAAGUAUUUCGAAGUUCAAAAAUCAAUUGGAGCUUAAUAGUUUUGAAGAGAUUUCAAAGAAAACAACAUUGAUCCAGUCUUUUGCUAGUAUUUAACAUGUCUAGUUUUAUUUGCAUUGAUUUUGUAUAUUUUUCUGUUAUGAUGAGAGGCUAAAACCCUUUUAAUUUGGUUGGUGAAGAUGAACCCUUUGAACUAUG